UUUGUGAGGUUUGAUCCGGUCGUAGGUCGAUUUGCAUACUAUUCUCGAUUUCCCUUUUUUGCUGUCAGUUGACAGACAUCAGUUAAUUCAUAUUUGUUAACUGCAACCUACACUGAAAAAUGCUACAUUACCAGCACCUUCUCCUAAUUUUGUCGACAAUACUUUCAUUGGCUUCUGGUCAAUAUGGAGUCUAUCCAGGAAUGUAUGGUGGAGGGUAUGGUGGAUAUGGUUACGGUGGUUAUGGUGGAUACGGUACCGGUCUCGGAAUGUACAAUGGUCUUGGGUAUGGACUUGGUGGAGUUGGAGGUCUUGGAGGACUUGGUGGUGGCUAUGGGAUGUAUAGUCCUUAUACAAAUUAUUGGUGCAACAACUACGGUCUCUAUGGAAAGAAGAAAAAGCGGUGAACUUCAAAUCCCUAUUACAAAAUAAAUUGACAUAGCUUUUCAUUAAUUCGAAUCUCCACAUCUAUUUUUCUUUCAUGUUCUUUUUCUAAUGAACCUUGGUGCUUUUUU